GUUGGCUUCUCUACUUCGCCCGCUCUGGAAAGGCUUCCGAAUCCGAAUCUAAAUCCUUGCAGCAGCAGAAAGAACAAAGAAGAAAAUAUUUUUGGUUAUCUAGAAUAUCUCGACUUCAUCUCAUUCCACAAAGUUGCCAAUGGCAUCGAUUGGCGCCGCCGCAAGAGCAGUUCUCCGAUCAAGUUCUGCUCGCAACGCUGCGGCUCGGCUCGCCCCACAAUCUAAAGCUGCACCAUCGCAGUUUCGUGUCUCCUCCAGGAUUCCUCUUUCCAACUGCAUUUACAGGUGUCCAGUUGAAGCGAGUUUCUGCUUGGAAUCGAUGCUGCCGUAUCACUCGGCGACUGCUUCGGCUUUGAUGACUUCGAUGCUCACCGUUUCUCGCCAAAGCUAUGUUUGGCUCUCGGAAGCUUGCAAUGAUGAUGUGUGACUAAUGUUCAGAGGAUUGGAGCAAGUUUAAUGCACUCAAUUCUCCCUUCUAAGAGUGUCUGCGGAUAACAUAGAAGUUUUCAAUGAGCUGAUGAGGAGCCAAGUUGAAUUUCCUAGUCUUUUCAAACCUAGAUGGACCAGUAGAUGGCAUUACGCUUUAGUUCCUAAAAUGUGCUAAUACUUUCUGUCAGUUAUUUGUGUUGCCUUUUGUAGCUCAUAAACAAUUAAUGUGAAAUGAAUCAUAGAUUAUUGAUAAUAUGAUUUUAAUGUAUCACAUUCAUGCUCA